AUGCCCACCAUCUACUCCUCCCUCUACCAGAACUUCAUCCGUCAAGGAUUCGCAAAGUCAUUCACCCACGGUUACGCCCAGUCCGUCGUAGCUGCCACACAUCCCAUCCUCAACACACAAAACCGACCUUCAUUUGCGCGCCGAAACACCAACCGCUUCGGUCGUCUUCAGUCUCUUCAGCUUCAGUCUGCUUUCCACACCGCUGAGCGGACAAGUGCUGGCCUCCCCCAGCACCACCACGAGAAGCUCGACGAGAAGCUUAAGCAUGGAAGCCUAGACGCCUACUUCGAGGCGCUGCAGGAGCAGCAGGCCUCCGAAGAGGAUCUCGACAAGGAAUGGACCCAGUUCCAGUUCCAGCGCCAGAUUGAGUGGAAGCCUUCACCGGCUUCCAUCUUAGUUGGCGAGUCAAAGGACCACGAUGCCGAGGAGCUCACCGCCGCUCAAGAUGGAGAAGCCUCGCCAAUUCCAUUAGAGGCACAGGCCGCCCUGGCGCAGAUUGACGCCGCACUCGAGAAGGAAAUCGAAUUCAGGAACCGCAUGGAAGCUUUGGAAGAGGCUUCUGAGCACUCUAUUCGAUCUGCAUCCCACAAUGGCUCCGCAGCUCGUUCAUACCAGUCCCCAGCAAUUGACAGAUCGCGGACUCCCGUCAGCGUAGCCCGAACUGCCACUCCUCCUUUCGACCCUCAAUCCCAGGUGUACGCCGACCACCUUCACAAGCUUUCUGAGGAUGGCCGCUACGCUGAGAUCCCGGCCGUUUUCGAGGCUAUGCUCGUCGCCGGCGUGCAGCCCAUUGCGAGCGCCUACAACGCUCUGUUGGUUGCCGCUAUUCACCUGCCGACCGCCAAGAAUGAGAUGGUCACCAAGGCUCUGGAUGUCUACGCCGACAUGCUCCGCCGCAAGAUCGUGCCGGACAGCGAUACCUACAACAUUCUUGUUGGUCUCCUUGCGGCCCGAUCCCUCGAGGUUGCCUCUUUGAAGAAGACUCUCCACGACAAGUUGGUUCGUUUCGGUGGCAUGGAUGAGCCCGGCAAGUUUAUGUUCGCUUCUCACGAGCUCGAGCAUGCCAUUCUUUCCGAGGAUGAUAGGCUCGAUCUUGCCAUGGACAUGUUUGAGAAGUCUGUUCUCACCCAGAGAGCGUCCUACUCUGCUGAGUCAUACCACCAGCUCAUCUCUGCUUGUGCUCAAGCUGGGCGUGUUACCGACAUGCUCCGCUUGUACGAGCACAUGGAGUUGAACCGCGUCACCCCCUUCGCCGCCAUGUUCCCCAGCAUGAUCACCGCCUUCGCGACUUCCGGCGACCUGGUUAGCGCGGUCGAGUGCUACAAUGAGUACAAGGAUCUUGCAGUUGCCAACGACAACGGUGAGCCUACCCUUAACGACAGGUUGGACGCCGAAGUGUACGCUUCUGUCAUUCACGCCUACAUCAUCUCCGACAAGGUUGACGGCGCGAUGAAGUUUUACGAGAAGAUCAUCAAGGAGUACGGUGUCCGCGCCGGCGACAUCAAGGAUGCGAUUGUCAGCUCUGGCAUGGUCAAGGCUUUCACUGACCGCGGCAUCUUCAACGAGGCCCUUCGCUGGGCACAGGUUGUCGAGGCUGAGGUCAGAGCUGACCCCAUGAGCAGCCUUGCUACUCGCGCAGCGGACCACGGCGACAAGCACACCGCCGUUGCUGCUUUUGCCAACCUGCCCAUCAACUUCCACCAGAUUGCUACCCCUGCCAUGGCACUUCUUGCUUUGAGCGUACGCCAGGGCGAUGUCGCUUCCGCAGCUCGCUACUGGCACGUUCUCUGUGCUCCUGAGACCCCGGUCACCCCGGCGCUCAUCGAGCCCACUGCAAUGUACGCCAUUGCGAUGAUUGGAUCGGGCCAAGUUGCUGAGGGUCUCGCCGAGUCGGAGCUCAUGUUCCAGCGCAUUCGUGCUGCCAACCCUGAGUCUGCUGACGAAAUUGAGGAGGGUGUUGACUUUGUCCACCAGUUCAUGAGCAGCCGUGGCAUCACCGAUCCUCGCGAGCUGUCUUCCCAGAACCUCUCCGCCUCCCCCUUCACCACAUCAGCCACUGUCUCGAGCUUUGAGGAUUCCUUCGACCCGUACGCGCACAACACCGACUUCAAGGGCUCUUCGUUGAUCUCUGACGAGCUCGAGGGCUCUCACGGCCGCAAGGGUCCCAGACUUCACGAUGCUCUUGGCCGCUUCCGCAACAUGCGCCGUGCCGGCCGUCACCCUCGCUACAUCACCUACGCCAAGCUGAUCUCUGCUGCUUCCCGCGAGGGUAAGAUGGAGCUUUGCAACGACAUUCUCGCCAUGGCUCGCACCGAUGUUCCCCUGCUGCCCCAGUACGCUGUUGUCCGUUACGGCUGGUCUUCAAUUCUGGACGCCAUGGUUGGCGCCUGCCUCACCAUUGGUCACCGCCAGAUGGCCGAGCAGUACCACCAGGAGCUGCUUGCCAUGGGAGCCGCGCCCUCCGCUAACACCUUCGGCUUGUACAUCACCACCCUCAAGGAAUCAGCCAAGACUUUUGACGAGGCUUCCGAGGCUGUUAAGAUCUUCCAUCGUGCUAAGGCCGAGGGUGUCGAGCCCAGCUCUUUUCUCUACAAUGCUUUGAUCGGCAAGUUGGGCAAGGCUCGUCGCAUCGACGACUGCUUGUUCUACUUCGCCGAGAUGCGCGCUCUGGGAAUCAAGCCUACUUCGGUCACCUACGGCACCAUUGUGAACGCCCUUUGCCGCGUCAGCGAUGAGAAGUUUGCGGAAGAGUUGUUUGAUGAGAUGGAGGCGAUGCCCAACUACAAGGCCCGCCCUGCUCCCUACAACAGCAUGAUGCAGUUCUUCCUUACCACCAAGCGCGAUAAGGCGAAGGUUCUUGCCUACUACGAUCGCAUGAUGGUCAAAAGAAUCGCCCCCACUGCUCACACCUACAAGCUUCUUGUUGACACCCACGCCACCCUCGAGCCCAUUGACAUGGAUGCUGCUGAGAAGGUCCUCGAGGCCAUCCGCACCUCCGGUCAAAAGCCCGAGGCCGUCCACUUCGCUGCUCUCAUCCACGCCCGUGGCUGCAACCUUCACGACAUGGAGGGCGCCCGUAAGGUCUUCGACUCUGUCAUGGCCGACCGCGCUGUCACCGCCAACGCUAGCCUAUUCCAAGCCCUGUUUGAGGCCAUGGUUGCCAACCACAAGGUCGGCGACACUGAGGCUAUCCUUGGUCAGAUGCGUAGACGAGGUGUUGAGAUGACUCCUUACAUCGCCAACACGCUGAUCCACGGCUGGGCCGCUGAGAAGCAGAUUGAGAAGGCCCAAGCCAUCUACGACUCUGUCGGUCACGAGAAGCGCGAGCCCAGCACAUACGAGGCCAUGACUCGUGCCUACCUCGCCGUUGAGGAGCGCGAGAAGGCCAAGGGUGUUGUUGGAGAGAUGCUCUGCCGCGGCUACCCCAGUGCUGUUGUCAACAAGGUGCUGGAGCUCCUUGGCGGUGGCGGUGGUGAGGAAGCUGUUGCACACAACUAA